GGGAGAUAAAUCGGGAGGCUGCUUACGGCGCGAGGCAGCAACGAUCAUCAGUCGCAGUCGAACGAUCAAACUAUUCACACGUUCCUCCAUACCCAAAUAGAAUCUUCUUGCGCGAUGUGGGAUGACGUAGUGGAAGAAACCCCAGCACCGGCCGCGGAAGCGCAGCCAGCCGCGGACGCCCCGGCGGGAGACGCAGCCGGUGAAGCCAAACCUGAGGUAGCCGAGCCCCCGCCGCCGAUUGACAACACAAAGAAUGAGCCGCGUCGGCUUGUAUUCAAGCACUGGACCCGACCGAAAUUCCUUCAGUACAAUUACAUCUAUGAUUACCAGCGUAACUACUACGACGAUGUUCUCUCGUACUUAGACAGACGUAAUAGAGGAUUGCCUGUGGAGAGACCACGCGCUCAAACGUGGGGCGAACGAGCUCUAAGGACGUACCUAUCCAAGGAUAACAGUUACUCUUCAAAGACGUACAACAAGGACACGACUCUGCUCCAUCACAUCUCGACCGCUGCCCGUUUCCAACGCUACCACAGCAAGGCUCGCAUCGCGAGGAAGUAUUCCAAUCUCGGAUUUAGCUCAGUCUCCCUUUAGCUUUGCAUUAACACCCUCGCUUAUCAUCGCUAGGCGGACGAGGCCCCAGCAACCGGCGUGACCUAUUUAUCGAUGUUACAGGAUUUCGCUGGCGUGAGCUAUCUCUCGCCGAUGGCCGGUAAGCGCAUCAAGUACACAUCACAUCGAAAGCUGUCCGCAUUCCUAAUUAUAACAUCAUUGAGAAGACAAUAAAUAAUAAGUUUUA